GCUGAGAAAGCAGCACCUGCUUACUCAUGGUACCCAGGUAUAUAAACCUGUGAAGAAGGAGCCACUUUACACAAAAGUCAUUAACUCAGUAGAGAAGGACUCAAAGCAGCAUCAUGGGACUUCAGGUGAUCUUUUCCACAGCAUUACUGGCAUGCAUUUUUGGAGAUGUCACGAAGAUUGAAACCACUGGAGCAUCCUGGAUGACAGCUAGCCAAGACAACCUGAACGUGAAUGGGGUGGAAGCCUCAUACAAGUUGGCUGAGACUGAUCUAAGAAGAAUGGACCAGUACAAGAGCAUCAUCACCAAAGUAGGGAAUGCUAAACAGAUGGACCCAGCAGUGAUCGCAGGCAUCAUAUCCAGAGAGUCGAGGGCUGGAGCUGUUCUUGUGAACGGCUGGGGUGACAACGGCAAUGGCUUUGGGCUCAUGCAGGUUGACAAGCGCUACCACACUCCAAGAGGUGCCUGGAACAGUGAGGAGCAUAUCACCCAGGGCACUGAGAUUUUGAUUGAUUCCAUCAAAGCAAUUCAACGGAAAUUCCCCAACUGGCCAAAGGAGCACCAGUUUAAAGGAGGAAUAUCAGCCUACAACGCUGGUGUUGGAAACGUUCAGACAUAUGAGGGGAUGGACAUCGGGACCACUGGCAAUGAUUACUCCAAUGAUGUGGUAGCCAGAGCCCAGUGGUUCAAACGCCAUGGCUACUGAGGAACGUGUACAUCCCACACAGCACUAAUUAAACAUGCCAUGUAGUGCUGGAUAUCUAAUCUGCAGUCAAAUAAAUCUCUACAUUGCAUCAGUCA